CAGUCGAUGGCAUUCUCCUCCUCUAUUUCUCCUCUUCCUCCACAGCCCAGCGUGUAUUGUUCGACUCUCACCUCUCGUUCAAUCCAAGUCUCUUUCAUUAAGGUUUACCUGCCGUUUCUUAAGUUCAGAAGUCCUCGAAAAGAAAGGGAAAAAAGAAGGAAAGAGGAAGAAGAAGAAGAAACAGCAGAAACACUCACCAAGACAUUAACACCUGGGUCCCCGAGCACACAUGGCCUCCGUGAUUAGUCCGGCGUAUCAUUGCAGACGCUAAAAUAAUUUUUUACUCAAAUGCCAAUACAUUUCGCCUAACUGUUAAAUAUACUGAUUUUAUUUUGGCAGAUAUUUUACGACUGAUAUUUUACUGCUAACCACAGUUAAACGUCGAAAACCCAGCUACGUGCAGAGUUUACUUGCAUCCUUUUUCCUUCUGCUUUCUGGAUGUUGUUUUCCUCCUUUACUCCUGAUUGAUAAGGACACGUAUUUAACAUGUGAAAUUUCCUGAAUACCGGAGCGCAACGGAACUGCCUUUGCAUGGCUCAUCUUCUGAUAGAUGUGUCCUCUCUCUCAACAUGACAAGUUCUCAGGUAUUUCGCUGUUGAUGAACUUCCUCCACACCUGCGGUGACAAGAAAACACUAAAGAAGUGGUUCUUCAUCGACAAGACAGUAGGCUAAACAAUUCCAGCUGAAAGGAGAGAUCGCUCACCUCACUCGCUACUCGACCACAGUUCUUCUCCUUUUGUUCGAUUCGACCCAAUGGAUUUGAGCAACGGCUCACCGGUCAUCACCGAUCCGAUGGCAAUGGGCCAGCCGUUGAUGGGGGUCCUGCCUUCGAACAUGAUGCCGUUUUCGGUCAUGCCCGGAAGUUACUCCAGCCCCGCCGGCGCCGGCUUAAACGUCAGCAGGCGCAAGAUCGAGGAAGUCCUCGUCAACGGGCUACUGGAAGCGAUGAAAUCCUCGUCGCCACGUAAGAAGCACAACUUAGUCUUUGGCCAGGAGAAUUUGCCCGAGGAAGAUCCUGCCUACACUGCUUGGACGGCAACGACAUGCCCUUCUGCUCUGGCUUCCUUCAAGCAGAUCGUAGCUGGUGCGCAAGGCAAGAAGAUUGCUGUGUUUUUGGACUACGACGGCACGCUGUCGCCCAUCGUGGAUGACCCCGACAAGGCAGUCAUGUCCCCUGUGAUGAGAGCUGCCGUGAGAAACGUUGCCAAGCACUUCCCCGCCGCAAUUGUCAGUGGAAGGUCCCGGAAGAAGGUGCUUGAAUUUGUAAAACUGAAGGAACUCUGCUAUGCUGGAAGUCAUGGGAUGGACAUAAUGACGUCUUCAGCUAAUUAUGAACAUAAUACUGAAAAGGCCAAAGAAGCCAAUCUCUUCCAACCCGCACGUGAGUUUCUGCCUAUGAUCGAUGAGGUCUCCAAGUCCCUAUUGGAAGUCACAAGCGGAAUCGAAGGCGCAAGCAUCGAAAACAACAAGUUCUGCGUGUCAGUUCAUUACCGCAACGUAGACGAGAAGGACUGGGAGCUGGUCGCGAGGCUCGUAAACGAAGUGCUGGAGGCGUUCCCCGGUCUCAAAGUCACCAACGGGCGAAUGGUUUUAGAGGUUCGUCCGGUGAUCGACUGGGACAAGGGGAAGGCCGUGGAGUUUCUGCUUCAGUCGCUCGGGCUAAGCGACUCCGAGAACGUGAUCCCUAUCUACAUCGGAGACGAUCGAACUGACGAGGAUGCCUUCAAGGUGCUUCGGGAGAGGAACUGCGGAUACGGGAUACUGGUCUCGCAGGUGCCCAAGGAAACCCAAGCCUUCUACUCGCUCAGAGACCCAUCUGAAGUGACGGAGUUCCUGAAUUCAUUGGUGAGAUGGAAGAAGCACUCGGUCUGAAAAAAGAAAGAACUGUAGUUUCUGAGGCGACAAUUUUUGCAGCGUUGGAAACCGUAGCUAGGUCGAAAGAUGUUGGUGUUCCCUGUUAAUUCAUUCUUAUCAUUGAUAUUCUUGUGCGGCUAGUCAUGUUCUUUGCCACCGAGAAAUAGCACCGGUGGCGGUGUUGGUCCUUGCCAUUGUAAUUCGCAAGCAAGAUGGCCCUUUUCCUUUUGCGUUUUCAUGCUGAUAAAUAAAUUGGAACCUCUUUUUUUUGGCCGAA